AUGGGGGCCACACCGCGGCCCCGGGCCCCGCGGUGCCGUCUCUGUCUCGCAAUUCUUCUUGCUAUCUUGGCGCUGCUUCUCCUUUAUCUCAGUGCUCGGAGCCUGGGAGCGCUCUCAGGCUGCGAAUCAGGGGCACAAUUUUGCAUGCCCGAACAGCUGCCCUUCCAGGUACGACCCGGGCAGGGAUGGCCUGAGAGUCCCCAGUGGGAAGAGCCUUCAUGUUUGGGCCCCCGGGGGAUGUUAGGUCGCAUGAUGGGGCCGUUUCGCGCCAGUUUGAACCCCAAAGGCGACGUGGAGUUGUCGCAGUACCUGGCCGGAUGGAGGGAGUUGAUCAAGUUCCUAAGUCCCCUUGGCUCCAUAUUUGCUUUCGCCACAAGUGAAGCCUCCACCAAGGUCGCAGAUCUGGAGGCCAGGGUGCACAGCCCUGACGCUGCUCACUACACGUCGCUGGCGGCCAUGACCGCAUGGGAGCGGCAGGCAGGGCUGCUGGAGGGGCGCGGAGCCGCCCCGCCGCACUCGGGCUCGCGCACGCUGCUUCUGCUGCACCGCGCCCUGCGCUGGUCCCAGCUCUGCCUCCACGGGGUGGCGACUGGAGAGUUUGGGGGCCCGGACGCGGGCGAGCAGUGCAGCGACGCCUACAGAAAGGCGCUGGGCCCACACCACCCCUGGCUCAUCCGGCAGGCUGCUAGCGUGGCCUUCCGGGCCUUCCCUGGUCGUGCCCGGAUACUCGAGCUGACAUGUCCAGGGACCAAAGAGACCGCGGCGCGAGCCGCCCUAGCCCGGGCCGCUGGCACCCUGGAGGAUGUCUACAACCGCACCCAGAGCCUGCUGGCCGAGCGCAGCCUGCUCCACCUGGCCUGA